CCUGUCUCCAUCAGUGGCGUUCCAGGAGCCGGCGACACUGUGUGGAGCGGGACGUGAUCUCUGUGGGGUUUUAAAUGUGUAUGGUCAUAUUUGCUCCGAUUUUCGCCAUCUGUGCUUUUGCAACAUGUGGAGGCUACUCAGGCCGACUCCAGGUUAAAGUGGACUGUGCAGACAGGAGGCAGAGUAACCUCAGCAUCAGCAUCGACUUCGGGUAUCCCUUCAGGCUGCAGCAAGUGCAUUUCCGUGCUCCUUUGUGUGAGGCCAGAAGGGAAGAGGUGCUUUUCCUGGACCAAGAUGCGUCCGCCGCUGCUCAGUAUUUUGUUUCCGUGGGCGUUUUCGCUUUCCUCUACUCCCUGCUGGCAACCGUCGUCUACGUCUUCUACCAGGACAAGUACCUGAGGAACAACAGGGGUCCGCUAGUGGAUUUCCUCGUUACAAUCAUCUUCUCCAUCAUGUGGCUGGUCAGCAGCUGCUGUUGGGCCAAGGGUCUGUCUGACAUCAAGUCAGCCACUAACCCGACACAGGUUCUGCUGCUCAUCUCAGCCUGCAGAGCUCAAGAGAACAGGUGCACAGCGACCCAGGAGCCCCCGUGGUCCCGUCUCAACACGUCUGUGGUGUUUGGCUUCGUGAACGUUGUCCUUUGGGGUGGAAACAUUUGGUUCGUCUUCAAGGAGACAGGAUGGUACAAGACGGGUCAGAGGUACCCGAACCGCAGCGCUUCGGGCAAACGCAACGGGAUGCGACAGCGUCUCUACAGCGAGAGCAGCUUCGAGCAGCCGGAGGAGAGCGGCGCCGCCCACAGUCAGUGCAGGGAGGUCCAGAGGCAAGGCAGCGUGAAGCAAGGCAGCGGGAGCCUCGGCCUGCCCCAGACGUACCUGGGUAAACCGGGCCCUGGUGAGAGCGGGGCUCCACCGGCGUCGCGAGGGCCCAUGAUAUUGGUCAAUGAGAUGUGAUUUGUACCGUUGGGUGGUGAACGGAGUGAAAACGUGCCGUUGUCCAGCGUGGGGUGUUCUCAUUCGUGCCCGCUCAUCCGCUGCUGCGGCCGCGAAAAAGCCUGCACAAAGAGGCAGAAUGUUCGUUAUUGUAAUUCAUUAGCAAUAACUGUGGUUGUAGCCCAUGACAUGACACACCUGUAGUUUACUGAAUAUGUGGAGGCACCUUGUUGUGGAGGAUUGAUUCAAAUUAAAUGAUGAUUUGCAAAAAGAUACAGCAAAAAGACUGUAGUGACUUAUCUCAUUGAUCUGAAUAUGACAGUAUGUAACCAUGUAGUUGAGCCUCAAAUACUAUAUAAUCUACUGAUGAAAUUACAACAAUUAAAAUAUGUGUAUGGAAUAUGAUUAAUAAAAUGUAGCUAAAUACCAAAACUCACAAAUUAUUAUUAUACUAAAAUCAGCAACAGGGUUCACUGCCUAUUAGUAUGUCAGACUGACUUCACCUUUAUUAUUACACUGUACCAUGUAUAACUUAUGAACAGUCAUUUUCAUGUCAGUGAGGUUUUGGUUCAUCCAACGGCUGUGCUGUACUUCUGUAUAUUCAUAUUUGAUUAGAGACUAUAUGAUUUAUUGCCUUUGCUUCUAGUUUCUUGGUCAACGUUUCUAUUAAACGUACAACAAUAA